CUCACAGCCAAGGCUGCGCUCCCACCGCUCCGAACAAUUUACACACCUACAGAGCUCGUCUGGUGGAUCACACCCUCAGCUUUACCGCGCGUGCCCUGGUGCACAGCCCAACCAAGGCCUCCUUCGGGAAAGUGGAUGGGCGAAGGGGCCAAGUCGACGCCUUGUCGCACCGUCUGGGACAACUGAACCCGACCGAUGGGGCGGCGUGAGGUUGUUGAUGACUUCUUUGCUUUUCUCUUCUACUCACGUCCACCCACGAGGAUUGCUUUACCUCUUCCCCAUCAUCAUCCUCGCGCGCCCGGCCGCCGUACAUCUAUCAUUUUUCUGUUGGCGACGCGAAAGACGCCAAGGAACAUGUCUCGCCCACGAUAGUCAUCCGCACUACACCUCUUCGUCGCAUCUGACACCGAACCUUUCUCGUCCUGAUCCGCCUCCCGCCCCCUCCUACUAUAGGUAUCUUGUGCUCGUGGUUAGUUUUCCUUAACCUUGGAACCCAAAGGGGAAAAGGGCGCCAACUUGCUUCACGUGCCAAAUUCGAUUUUGCUUCGACACAGACAGUCCUUCCCCCGAGCCUCUACCCCUGAUCGUCCUCUUCUUCGAACCAGAAGAAAGCAACCGUUUACCUUGGACUACUUGACCGACCCAUAACCGCGCUCAUUGCCAUCCUGUCCUGUAUAGUGCAACCUUGCUUGCUUACCAGCUUACGGCAAGCUCGCCCUUUCAUUCGGUCAAGGCUGGUUGAGCCCACGCAAACAAGAUUCGAAACAAAUUCGAGAACUCUACCGGUGCGAGCCGCUUUCGUAAGCUCUACCAUGGCCAACCGACCAGACGACGACGGGCCUUCGGGGCCACCCUCGCCCAUGAGCGCGAGACGACCACGAUUCGAUUCGUCUCGAAGAGGCUCCGUUGGUGAACCAGAUGAGCGCUCGCCUUUGCUCUUGGGUCCUCGGGCAAGGAUACGCCGUCACCAAUCCGGCCCAGAGAGCCCCAAGUAUCUCACACCGGGCCUGUCGAGAAACCAUAGCACCACUGGAAGCGUCGGAAGCUUACACCACAGCCGCAAUCCGUCCUUUGGCCAACGUCUGUCCUAUGCUUUCUCUGACUACCCCGAUCCGAUGAGCGAGUCGAAGAGAUCCAUUCAGCCAAACGAGCGUGUGUGGUAUGAUCAGUUCACGUCGACCGACUGGGUUCAUGACAACAUUGUUGAUGCCCACCGAGUAAAGGCGCUCAAGAUGCGGAAGGACUUCCGGGGGAGGAUAUAUGCCAUCUUUGAUGCCUCCCAAGGUUGGAUUCUGAGUGCCGUGUGUGGCUUCGUUGUCGCCCUCGUUGCCUACGUCGUCAACUUGUCCGAGGCCACCGUCUUCGACUAUAAGUACGGCUACUGUGCGCGUGGCUGGUACAUCAGUGAGAGAAAUUGUUGUCCCAAGCAAGGACCCUGCCAAGAUUGGCGGACCUGGUCCGAGGUCUUGCGGUUCUGGCCCUUUGGUGAUGUCGGCACUGAGUUUACCAUCUACCUGACGGGAUGCAUCGUCUUGGCGGGUGUCGCCUGUGCCAUGACAUUGACCACCAAGACCGUGGUGCCCUCAGCAUAUCGAAUGACGACCUUCGACGAGAAUCUUGCGGCGGAACUCACGCCUUUCGCGGAUGAUCCUGCUAGUGACGAAAGCCCGACCCCCCCAGAAGUUGUCGAGGCGGUUGAGGCUGCUGUGCCGCCCCCGAUGGUUUACUACUCUGCUGCUGGAAGUGGUGUAGCCGAAGUCCGUGUCAUCCUCAGCGGUUUUGUCUUACAUGGUUUUCUAGGUGUGAAGACACUGCUUAUCAAGUCUGCUGCACUCAUUCUGAGUGUGGCGUCUGGCCUCAGUCUGGGCAAGGAGGGUCCCUACGUCCACAUCGCUACCUGCAUAGGCAAUAUUGCGUGUCGGCUCUUCUCCAAAUACGACAAGAACGACGCAAAGAGGCGCGAAGUCUUGUCCGCUGCCGCUGCCGCAGGAGUUGCCGUCGCCUUUGGUGCCCCCCUAGGGGGAGUUCUCUUCGGCCUUGAGGAGGUCUCCUACUUCUUUCCAGCAAAGACGCUCUUCCGGACCUUUUUCUGCUGCAUCGUAGCUGCGCUGUCGCUCAAGUUCCUCAACCCCUAUGGCACCCACAAGAUUGUCAUGUUCCAGGUCAAGUACGUCGCCGACUGGCACUACUUCGAAAUCGUGUUCUACAUUGUGCUUGGCGUACUGGGCGGCGCUGCAGGUGCGCUUUUCAUUAAAGCUUCUAAACACUGGGCCAAGUCGUUUCGUAGGAUUGGCGUCAUCAAGACGUACCCGAUGGUCGAGGUCUUGUUGGUCGCCAUCGUCACCGGCAUCAUGAGUUACUGGAACGUCCACACCAAACAGCCCGUGGCGAAGCUCAUGCUCAAUCUGGCGGCUCCCUGUCACGACGGAUCCGGGCGAGAGGACUAUGGCCUGUGCCCGACCGUUGUGGAUGACAUCCCUCCCGUUCUUCUCAGCCUCUUCACCGCGUUCCUGAUCAAAGGCUUUUUGACCAUCAUCACGUUUGGCAUUAAAGUACCUGCAGGCAUCUAUGUGCCGUCCAUGGUGGUCGGUGGCCUCAUGGGCAGGCUGGUUGGCCAUGUCGUUCAAUACAUGGUCUUAUUGUAUCCCGAGUUUGGGCUGUGGGGUGCUUGUGCCUCCAAAGAGGCGGGAUCAUGCAUUCAGCCUGGAGUCUAUGGUUUAAUCGCCGCCGGCUCAACGAUGUGCGGCGUGACACGGCUUUCGGUAACCCUCGCGGUCAUUCUCUUUGAGCUCACCGGCAGCCUGGAUUACGUGCUGCCCUUCUCCCUCUCGAUUCUGGUGGCAAAAUGGACCGCAGACGCCAUUGAACCAAACAGCAUCUAUGAUCUGUUGACCAACAUGAACUCGUACCCGUUCCUCGACAACAAGCAUAAGCCCAUCUUCACUUCAGAUCUCGCUGACAUUGUUCCCCGCGUACGUCGAGAGAGGACCAUCGACAUCAGCGCCUCUCCCGCCGUGUCGGCCGUUAGCCUUCGUACCAAGCUCCAAACACUACACAGGGCCGGAGAGAUCGACGGGGGUCUGCCAAUCAUUCGAGACGGAAUUCUCGUUGGUUUAAUCCCAGCUCCCGAUCUGGAAUUCGCCUUGGACAAUUUGGAUGAUGAAGCCUCGAGCAUGUGUUUGAUGGCUCACGUCACGAGCAUCGAAGAUUCCGAUGAUGAGGAGGAGGUAGACAAGACUGACUUUACCCCGUAUAUCGAUCCGGCUCCUGUGGCACUUGACAUACGGUCACCCAUGGACCUUGUUUAUGAAUGCUUUGUCAAACUCGGCCUUCGCUUUGUGUGCGUCCUGAAAAACGGGCGAUAUGCCGGAAUGGUACAUAAGAAGAGCUUCGUGAGGUACAUGCGAGAGCUCGGGGAGAAAGAAGGCCACUGAUUUGGCCGAUCCUCGAUGGAGCUGUAGAGUGCGUGAGGCGCGGCCGGAGGGGUUUUUCGUAUUCAUUUCCACCAGCAUGCCAGCAUUUUCAUCUCUGGCAAACCUGCCAGAGCAGGAGGAAGGCCUUUUUUCCCCCAUAUACCAUCCAUGUCGAAAGACAAGCGGUUCAGGUUCAGCAUCUAAGGACACGGCGUUCAUGCAUCCAUAUUCAUUGUUUCAGGCCAGAGCAUUCUUGUAACCCAAAUUUGCAUAGCAUUAUGUCUCAUUCUUGAUGUUGGUUUUUUUUUUUUUGGGG